AGCCGAGCAUGCUUGCUUGCUUAUAUAUGAGCCCCCAGGUCACAGUAACAAAUUAACUAGGAAACCCAUCUUUGGUCAAGACAACCAUGGAAUUCUCGGUCUCACAUCUCAAUUCUUCCAUAGCUGCAAUAUUUGCGCUACUUUUGAUUUUUUACUGGAAAUCUAGGUCUAAAGCUACCAAAAACAGUUCACCGCGGGAAGCUGGUGGGGCAUGGCCCAUUAUAGGCCACCUCCACGUCAUAGGUGGCAGCUCACGUCUUCCACACAUCAUCCUGGCAGCAAUGGCGGACAAGUAUGGACCAAUCUUUACAAUCCAGCUCGGAGUACACGAAACUCUAGUGGUGAACAACUGGGAAUUGGCUAAAGAAUUGUUCACCACCUGGGAUGUGAUUAUAUCUUCACGUCCAAAAUUUCUUGCAGCCAAGCACAUAGGCUAUGACUUCGCCAUGUUUGGAUUCUCCCCUUAUGGCACCUAUUGGCGUGAACUACGAAAACUAAUAGCCGUGGAAUUAUUCUCUCCCCGAAGACUGGAGCUCCUUCAACACAUACGUGUUUCCGAAACCGAGGUAUUGUCAACCAACUUAUUUUAAAGCUUAAGAUCAUAGAGAAUGACCACAUGUAUUUAUUUCAAUUGCGUCUCCAACAUGCCAUUCAUCUCGAGACUGGAUUAUUAUCAAUGAUCAAAGGUAUCCAUACAAGAGCUUUACAAGUACUGGAACGAGAAGAAAGAUGGGUCGGGUCGGGUUUUGGUGGAAAUGAAGCAGUGGUUCGGGGACUUGAAUUUGAAUGUUAUUCUCAGAAUGGUUGCAGGGAAGAGAU